UGAAUGUGUGGUUUAUUUUUCUCUCCAGAUCCUCCACAGAGCUCCAUUUAUCCUAGAGAUGAUAUAAAGUUGGGUUUAGAGAAUCUGCUCGUCUGUCACUUCACACGAUUUUUCCCUCCACAUGUGACUGUGCGAUGGACCAAAAACAACGAGGAUGUGACGGAUAAAUCCACACUCAGUCGUUACUACCCUAAUAAAGACAACACCUUCAACCAGUUCUCCCACCUGACCUUCACUCCACAGGAGGGAGAUGUUUACACCUGCACUGUGGAGCACCAGGCCCUGGAGAACCCUGACACCAUGACGUGGGAGGUGGAUGUUGAGCUUCCCAGUGUAGGUCCGGCUGUGUUUUGUGGAGUGGGUCUGGCUGUGGGGCUGCUGGGAGUCGCUACUGGAACUUUCUUCCUGGUUAAAGGAAACCAGUGUAACUGAUACUACAGCCACACGUCAAGAGUUCAAAGAGUUUCAGAUGCCUACCAUAAAGUCUCUUUACUUUUUAAAGGAAUCUGUACAUCCACUCAAGUUAAAUUACCUGUUUAAAACAAUUAAAUAUCUUAUUUUAUUUUUUUGUUGUUUUACUGUUCACCUGCUGUUAAAUUUCUCUACUGUAUAAAUCUGUACAUCUUUCAUUUCCAGUGUAUAUCAUUCCUAAUUAAUGCUACAAGAGAAAAAGCAAAUGAAAUUAAAUUGAGUGCCUGCAAAAAAAUACGAAAUAAACUGAAUUUACACAUAA